AUGUACGCAGUUGCACUCAUCCCAGCGCUUGGCGCUGCCGUAGCUAUGGCCCAAGGUCAAGGAGCAGGCUACCCUCCACCACCUCCCAUGACAUUAUCCACCACCUUGAGCGGUGUUCUGCCUGUCUUGCCAACCCAGACUCCUGGCUUCUCUGGCGUCGAGACUGAGGAGGGGGCAAUUGUCUAUGAUGGACCCGCGAACCCAAGCUUCAUGCCAGUCAAUGGUCCGGCAACCACUGCUGCAAAUCUACCAGCAGCGACCUACAUGGCCAUGCUCCCGAGCACAAACUUCGACAACGGCACCGGCUCCACCAUCAUGGGUUCCGUCAUGAUCUCUUCUACAGCUGGCGGCAGUGGCGUCUCCGUUUCAGUCAACUUCACCGGCUUCCCAUCUGAGAGCCUGUAUGGCCCAUUCGUUUACCAUAUCCACGAGUUCCCAGUCCCUGCCAAUGGCAACUGCAGCGCCACUGUGGGCCAUCUGGAUCCUACGGAUCGCGGCGAGUACUACCCAUGUAAUGUCGGUGCACCAGCGACGUGCCAAGUCGGUGAUCUUGCGGGCAAGCACGGCAACGUUACCAUGCCCAAUUUUGUCGCCCAGUAUACAGACGCCUUCUUGAGCACGGACCCAUCGUCGACAGCUUUCUUCGGCGACAAGAGCAUCGUCAUCCACUCCUCGAACACAACUAGGCUUACCUGCGCCAACUUCAAGAUGAUGGGUGGUGCUGCCAACGGCACUUCCUCCACCAACAGCAGCUCCCCAACGCCAUCGUCGUCGGUGACGCCGUACACGGGUGCUGGCUCCAAGAUGUCGGGGUACGGCUUUGCUGCGUUCAUGGCGGCGACUGUGUGGCUUUUGUAG